AUGUUGCCAUUUCACUCUGCUCGGAAUCGUGAUGAGGUUUGCGCCGAGGCCGAGCAAAAGGGGUGUCACCUCAAUACCGCAGUUCUGCAAUGCAGCUGCGAAGUUAGCUUCCAUGACCGUUGGUGCACCGAUACCGCAGUGAAUGCACCUCGCCGAACGACCUACUCGUCCACGCAGCUGACAUCGAUUGAAGUUAGAAUCGAUUACAUGACUGAGACAAGAGUGAAGAAUCUGGGUGCCAGGACCAACGCAGUGACCACUCAGUGCACCUUCUCUGUGAACGUGCUCAACCAGCCCAUCUACAAUUACCUUUGCUGGUGGAUUCUUUUUGAUGUUAGGUCCACAUUCAUCCGUCUCAGCACCUGGCUAAUGCUCACACUGUCGCGCGACUCAUGUUCAAGGUGCAUCAAGCAUUGUCAGGGCGUUUCACUCGAACGUUUUCGCUUCUUCGCUUCCGAAUUCCUUCGCCACGACGGCGAGUUCCUGGUGCGCAUGCCCGCCAACAAGUGCGAAUGCUUUAUUGCCACAGAGGUGUUUAAUGUGCUGCGGCAGCGUCGCCACGAUGCUGAAGACGUUGUUUGUGGGUGCGUCGAACAGCAACUCUGGUCCGUCCACAUGACCAAGCGCCUCAGCCACGCCAAUGAUGAGACGCGAUGUGGCCUCAAGGCUCGUGAAUCCACGGUUCGUGCCAAACGAGCCUUGAGCAUGACAUCCGAGCCGGUGCUAGGGGUGAUCUAG